GGGUAGGCCAGUAAGCAAAGAUGGGCAAGGGCAACACGUCAACGAACCAUCACUGCCCAGGUGCCCGCGGGCCGGUGGGCGGCAUUCCGGCAUCGAACUGCCGCAAAGUAGAUCACGAUGGUAUCAAGAAGGCCUACUGUAGCGUACAUGAGAUGCCCUGCCGUAAUGGUUGCCGCAACUACUACCAUCUGAAGAAUCAGUGGGGCUGCGGUAACUGCAUUGACAAGCUGCAGCGUGAACAAGCCACUGAGCGCAAGGCCAAGGACAAGGAACGUAAGAAAGCCGAGAAGCAGAUGAAGGAGGAUGCCAUGUGGGCUGAGCAUGAGGAGAAGAACGCGAAGAAGGAGAAGAAGAAGAAGGGGCAGGCCAAGAAAGAGGAUGAGCAGUAG